UUGAGGAUCUCUUCAAAGCGCGAUUUCAAGUUCACAUUUCAAAUAUAUCCGAUAUACUCCAUUAUUCCUCCCACUCGGAUAAGCUUUACUAGCCAGUUGUUCAGGAUUGUUGCCACACCUAUUGCUGGAUAUCUCGUUGUGCAACAUGAGUUCCCCAUCGCAUUUGGUCUCUUCGUUGCAGCUGGAGUAACAGAUAUGCUAGACGGUUUCAUUGCGCGAAACAUACCGGGCCAAAAGUCUCUACUUGGCUCAGUUUUGGAUCCGAUUGCCGACAAGCUGCUCGUGAGCGUUAUGUUCGUGACAAUGACCUAUGCGGAUCUCAUUCCUUGGCAACUCACUGCUAUAGUUUUGAUUCGUGAUCUAUGUCUGGUAGUGGGUGGCUUUUACAUGAGGUAUCGUACUAUGGAACCUCCGUAUUCCAUGAGUCGGUUUUUCAGUCCUGAAGUUUCUUCUAUGCAGGUUGUUCCAACAGUGAUAAGCAAGGUGAAUACCGUUUUGCAACUCAGUGUGGUAGCCACCUCUCUUUCCAUCCCUGUAUUCAACUUAGUUGAACCAAUUACUUCGUUUUCCAAUGGCCUGUGUUGGGUCACGGCGUUAACUACAAUAUGGUCAGGUUUACAGUAUGUCAGUGGUCGAGCUCUAAAAAAGGUAUGA